AUGAGGUACUUGUCCCAACGCUUUGUUCGCCCGGGAGGACUAGAACUGAAGAGCCGGGACACCUUUUAUAUGUGGAGUAAUAUUAUAGACAACAUGGAGGGAGAUGAAAGGGAAGAAGGGGACCCUCCAAGGGUUUCACGUUCAACCGCAAAAAGGGCGAGAAAGGUUUCUCUUGGUGAUAACGCAGAAGCUUCUGAGGUAGGAAUCUCAAAUGACUUCCUUCAAAAAGCAAAGAUAAUUCAAGAAAACCUCCGAAUAUACCUUACUAAAGCUGACAAAAGUAUAAAAAAUAAAGACCAAAACCACAUUAAUGGCAAAAUACAGUGGUUCAUUGACGCUAUUGAAUCGUUGGAGGAAAGGACAAAGCAGUACAAAGAUAAGAGUGAGGGCUUAUCUUUACUUGUCCAUAAAGCGGUUCAGGAAACACUUACCUCGCCUUCAGUACAUUCGAUGAUAACCAGCAUCGUAAUAGAGAAAACAGUGCCGAAGGUAAUAGAAUCUCUCUCAGGAACCACUAUGAAAUCUAAUGGUCCCCUCGCCAUCCCUGGAAAAAGCAACGAAAAGUCAUCCGCGACUAACGUGACCCCGCCUGAGCCUUUACCAGCCGCAGUUCCUUUUACAGUCGUUAAGAGCAAAAGAAACAGGAAAAAGACUAAAAAGUCUACCGGCAGAGGAACGGCAAGGUUAGGAAAGCACGUGGUAGCAGCAGUGAAGAGGUUAGUGGAGCACGUGGUCGCCACGAGGAAAGAAGAGGUUAGGAGAGCACGUGGUCGCCACGAGGCCUUAAGUAGGUCAGCAGCUGUUGCUCCGGAAGAGGGGAGACCGCGUGGCCGCUUCGAAAGGUUAGGUGAGCACGUGGACGCCACGAGGCCUCAAGUGGGUCACAGCUGUUUCUCUGAUCUGAGAGAGGGGAGACCGCGUGGCCACCGCGUGAGGUUAGGAGAGCACGUGGUUGCCACGAGGCCCUAA